UGUCGUGGCGUUGUCCGUUGUGUCGCGAAGUUGCACUAAAAAAUAAAAUUUUGCUUCUCUGUAAAUUCUUCGCACUGUCGAAUGGAACAUACAUACAUUUUUUUCGCAAAGAAAAAUAGUUUUUUUUUAUAUUUUUUCAACUUUUAAUUUUGUCAGUGAUAUUUAAUUUAUAUUCCUAAAUGCUAGACAAUGCAAAUUGUUUAGCUGAAAUGGAAAAAAAGAACACAAUAGCGCGGUGCAAUGUUCAAAAAUAUUUUUUUGUGAAUGUGUUUAAUGAAUUAUUGUGAGACUUGAAAAUUAGAAAGUAGAAAAAAAAGUCCUACUCUCUACUUGCUGUGUUUGAUAUAUAUCUAAAAGUUUAAAUAGUGGGGCUGCAGAUAGAAACUAUUUUCUUUUGUUUUUUUUUUUUAUAAAAAAAUUAAAAUUGAAAAUUUUAUUUGAAGGCGUUGGAUUUUAAUUUUUUUUUUUCAUUUUUAUUCCUGGAAAUGCAAAGAAAAAAGGUGUCAUUGGUGAUGUGAGAGAGCAGGAGAGAGAUAAGAAAUCAUUGAAUUUCGGAAGAGUACAUACAUACUUGAAGUGUCAUCGUCGUGAAAUUCGAGUGAUUGUGUGCGUGUUUCUGUAGUGUGUAUGUGAAUAAAGUUCAAAGUAGUAGAUUGAUCGCACGACAAAGAAGACACUACAAAUCGUGUACGGUUUAUGCAGUUAAAGCGAGGUAAUAAAUAAUAAGAAAAAGAGCAAAUCUUUUACCUGUGCUUAAAGAGGGAGAAAAAAUGAUGAAAAUGGAGACUGAUAAAAUAAUGGAUGAAACUAAUUCAAAUUCACAGCCCUUUACACCAACAAUGCUAUACGAUCCUGUCCGUAAGAAAGAAUCAUCACCAUCUUUUCAAACGGAACGAGAUACCUGCUUAACAUACUUCUCACAAUGGAACGAAGCAGAUCAAGUUGAUUUUGUUGAGCAGUUGCUGUCAAGGAUGUGUCAUUAUCAACACGGCCACAUAAAUGCGUACUUGAAGCCCAUGCUACAGAGAGAUUUUAUAUCUCUUUUGCCCAAAAAGGGAUUGGAUCACAUAGCUGAAAACAUACUAUCGUAUCUCGACGCGGAUUCCCUUAAAGCAGCCGAGUUGGUUUGUAAAGAGUGGCUUCGUGUUUUAUCGGAGGGUAUGCUAUGGAAAAAACUGAUUGAACGUAAAGUUCGAACGGAUUCAUUGUGGCGCGGUUUAGCCGAACGACGUGGCUGGAUACAAUAUCUUUUUAAACCGCGCCCAGGUUCAACACAUAGGCCACAUUCGUUCUAUCGCGAACUAUUUCCGAAAAUCAUGAAUGAUAUCGAAAGCAUAGAAAACAACUGGAGAACCGGACGUCACAUGCUACGCCGAAUAAACUGUCGAUCAGAAAAUUCGAAAGGUGUUUAUUGUUUACAGUAUGAUGAUGUUAAAAUUGUCUCUGGUUUAAGGGAUAAUACGAUCAAAAUUUGGGACAGGACGGAUCUGCAGUGUGUUAAGACUCUAACUGGUCAUACAGGGUCUGUUUUAUGUUUGCAGUAUGAUGACAAAGUUAUAAUAAGCGGUUCAAGUGAUUCCACAGUUCGCGUCUGGGACGUAAAUACCGGUGAAAUGGUCAACACAUUGAUUCAUCACUGCGAAGCAGUUUUACAUUUACGUUUCAACAAUGGUAUGAUGGUUACCUGUUCGAAGGAUCGCUCGAUUGCCGUCUGGGAUAUGACAUCGCCCAGUGAGAUAACAUUGAGGCGCGUUCUUGUUGGUCAUCGGGCAGCCGUUAAUGUUGUUGAUUUUGAUGAAAAGUAUAUUGUUUCGGCAAGUGGUGAUCGAACCAUAAAGGUUUGGUCAACAUCUAGCUGUGAAUUUGUACGUACACUUAACGGUCACAAGCGUGGUAUUGCAUGUCUGCAGUACCGCGACCGUUUAGUCGUCAGUGGUAGCUCGGAUAAUUCUAUAAGAUUAUGGGACAUUGAGUGCGGAGCUUGCCUGCGUGUUCUUGAAGGACACGAAGAACUAGUACGUUGCAUACGAUUCGAUUCUAAACGAAUUGUUAGUGGUGCUUACGAUGGUAAAAUCAAAGUGUGGGAUCUUGUUGCCGCGCUAGAUCCACGUGCUCAAGCGAAUGCACUUUGCCUUAACACAUUGGUGCACACUGGUCGGGUAUUCCGUUUACAAUUCGAUGAAUUCCAAAUUGUAAGCAGCUCUCACGAUGAUACAAUAUUGAUUUGGGAUUUCCUCAACUUUACACCCAAUGAAACAACAACAUGCCGGACUCCAUCACCUGCUCUAAUGGAACACUAAUAACGAACAAAAAAAUGUAAAACAAACAUACAUACAUAGAUGUCUACCAACAAUUAUAAUAUACGCAAAAAGAGAUCAACGAGACGCGCAAUACACGAAAAGAAUUUCAAAAAAAAAUCAAUUAAUCAUAAAAAUAAACAAAAUUACAAAAAAAAUCUCUUAUAGGCUUAGACCACACUAGAA